AGUGCUGCAAUUGGACGGUGUGGAAUGUGAUGCUUCUGGCUACGUACGUCGUUAGUUUGCAGCUCGAUAAUGAGACCAUUUCUGGUGGAAUUGGUGAUUCGUCGAGUCUCUUUAGAAUAUCUGCAGAAGCUUAACCUUGCCUACAAUUACUUCUUCAGUGAUGCCAUUCCAAAAGGUUCCUUCUGAAAUUUCGACCUUAACGAGAUUGGCUAGUCUCGAUAUCACCAACUACAAUCAAGAAAAUUUUAUUCUUGAGCUCCCGAAUUUGGAGAUGCUUGUCCACAAUCUAACAGAGCUUAGAGAGCUCUAUCUUGAUUAUGUCAAUAUUACUUCCUUUCAUGAAAGGAAAAAAUGGAGCCACGUUGUUUCAUCAUAUUUACCCAACCUCACCGCUUUGAGCUUGCGCCAUUGUUCUAUUUCUGGCCCUUUAGCAAGGUUGUUUUGGAAACUCCAUUCCCUCUCGAUUCUUCGACUGGAUGGUGCGAAUCUUUCAAUAGUAGCGGUGGCUGACUUGUUCUCUAAUUUUCCAAGUCUGACCACCUUGACUCUUAGUGAGUGCAGUUUAAAGGGUUCAAUACCAUCCACCUUUGCUAACCUAACUGAGCUGAUUCAUCAUAUCACCUAA